AUGGGGCUUAGCCGACUGCCACCUGGCGGAGACAAAUGUGAGAGAAACGAGUUCCAGUGCCAAGACGGGAGCUGCAUCUCCUACAAGUGGGUCUGCGACGGGGUUGCCGAGUGUCCCGACGGCUCCGAUGAGCUGGAGGAGACCUGCGUGUCCAUAACCUGCAGUCCUGAGACCUUCAGCUGUGGGGGCCGGGUCAACCGCUGUAUCCCUCAGUCCUGGAAAUGCGACGGCCAGACCGACUGUGUUAACGGCACGGACGAGCAGGGCUGCGGCCUCAGGACCUGCUUGCAUUACGAAUUCCGCUGCCAGGACGGGAAGUGUGUCUCCGCGAAUUUCGUCUGCGACGGGGACCGUGACUGCCUGGAUGGCUCCGACGAGGACGGCUGCCCCGAGCCCACCUGCGGCCCCGGCCACUACCAGUGCAAUGCCACCGGCUGCAUCCCCGAGCUGUGGGCCUGCGACGGGGACACCGACUGCGUGGACGGCUCCGACGAGUGGCAGUGCCCGACUCGCGUCGACAGCCCCUGCUCCUCCCUGGAGUUCCACUGCCGCAGUGGCGAGUGCAUCCAUGGCAGCUGGCACUGUGACGGCAGCCCUGACUGCAAGGACAAGUCGGACGAGGAGGGCUGCGCUGUGGCCACCUGCCGGCCUGACGAGUUCCAAUGCGGGGACGGGACCUGCAUCCAUGGCAGCCUGCAGUGUAACAAGGAAUUUGACUGUGAGGACAUGAGCGACGAGCUCGGCUGUGUCAAUGUGUCGCUGUGUGAGGGACCUGACAAGUUCAAGUGCCACAGUGGUGAAUGCAUCUCAUUGGACAAAGUAUGCAACUCAGUCAGGGACUGCCGGGACUGGUCGGACGAGCCCCUCAAGGAGUGCGCCACCAACGAGUGUCUGGACAACAAGGGGGGCUGCUCCCACAUCUGCGACGACCUCAAGAUCGGCUACCAGUGUCUCUGCCCCGAGGGCUUCCGGCUGGUGGGCCAGAGAAGAUGUGAAGAUAUCGAUGAGUGUCAGAACCCCGAUACCUGCAGUCAGAUCUGUGUGAACCUCGAAGGCAGCUAUAAAUGCGAGUGCCGGACGGGCUUCCAGAUGGACCCCCACACCAAGACCUGUAAGGCCGUCGGAACCAUUGCCUACCUCCUCUUCACCAACCGUCACGAGGUGAGGAAGAUGACGCUGGACCGGAGUGAGUACACCAGCCUCAUCCCCAACCUGAAGAACGUGGUGGCCCUGGACACGGAGGUGGCCAGUAACAGGAUCUACUGGUCCGACCUGUCUCAGCGGAAGAUCUACAGCACCCAGAUCGACGGAGCCCACAGCCUCUCCUCCUACGACACGGUCAUCAGCGGGGACCUGCAGGCCCCCGACGGGCUGGCCGUCGACUGGGUCCACGGCCACAUCUACUGGACCGACUCCGUCCUGGGCAGCGUCUCGGUGGCUGACACCAAGGGCACGAAGAGGAAGACGCUGUUCAAGGAGCAAGACUCGAAGCCCCGGGCCAUCGUGGUGGAUCCUGCCCACGGCUUCAUGUACUGGACGGACUGGGGAACCCCUGCAAAGAUCAAGAAAGGGGGCCUGAAUGGUGUGGACAUCUACUCGCUGGUGACUGAGGAUAUCCAGUGGCCCAAUGGCAUCACCCUGGAUCUUUCCAGCCGCCGCCUCUACUGGGUCGACUCCAAGCUUCACUCCAUCUCCAGCAUCGACGUCAACGGGCAGAACAGGAAGACAGUGCUGGAGGACGAGAAGAGGCUGGCUCACCCCUUCUCCCUGGCCAUCUAUGAGGAUAAAGUGUUUUGGACAGAUAUCAUCAACGAAGCCAUUUUCAGUGCCAACCGCCUCACAGGCUCAGACGUCAGCUUGGUGGCCGAGAACCUGCUGUCCCCAGAGGAUAUAGUUCUGUUCCACAACCUCACGCAGCCGAGAGGGGUGAACUGGUGUGAGAAGACCACGCUCAGCAAUGGUGGCUGCGAGUACCUGUGCCUCCCGGCCCCGCAGAUCAGCACCCACUCUCCCAGGUUCACCUGUGCCUGUCCCGACGGCAAGCAGCUGGCCAGGGACAUGCGGAACUGCCUCACAGAGCCUGAACCUGCAACGACCACUGAGGGCCCGUCCACGGUUCACUCGAACACAGUCCCCGAGCCCAAGUCUUCGGACCACCCUGAAGUCACUACAGCAGAGACGACUCUGAUGACCCACCAAGUCCUGGGCAACGCUGCUGAAAGAGGAACAGAGGAGAAGCCCGGUCAUGUGGGGGCGCUGCCCAUUGUCCUUCCUCUCGUGCUGCUCGUUUUCCUCUGCUUCGGAGCCUUCCUCUUCUGGAAGAACUGGCGGCUGAAGAGCAUCAACAGCAUCAACUUCGACAACCCCGUGUACCAGAAGACCACCGAGGACGAGGUCCACAUCUGCCGCAGCCAGGACGGCUACACCUACCCCGCGAGACAGAUGGUCAGUCUGGAGGACGACGUGGCGUGA